GGUGAAUUCUUCUGGAUCGAUAAUGACAGCUUCGAGGCCUGUCCAGUGGAGCUCACCGUCCUGCGGAAUGCCAUCAAAUCGUUACCUGUCGCCGAGUCGGAGGUCAAUACGCCUGCUGUGCUCUAGUCCUCUCCGGAUUACUGACUACUUAGUCUAUUUUAUGAAAAUACUAUAG